UCCAUUUUUCCUUCUCCAACAAUUCUUUCAUUCCCUCAGGGAGCCGGUGGAUGAAGUCCUCCAGAUUCCCCCUUCGCUGCUGACAUGCGGUGGUUGCCAGCAGAACAUCGGGGACCGCUAUUUCCUGAAAGCCAUCGAUCAGUACUGGCACGAAGACUGCCUCAGCUGCGACCUGUGCGGCUGCAGGCUCGGCGAAGUGGGGAGACGGUUGUAUUACAAACUGGGCAGAAAGCUCUGCAGAAGGGACUAUCUCAGGCUUUUUGGCCAAGACGGCCUGUGCGCCUCCUGUGACAAGCGGAUCCGGGCUUACGAGAUGACCAUGCGGGUGAAGGACAAAGUGUAUCACCUUGAAUGCUUCAAAUGUGCUGCCUGCCAGAAACAUUUCUGUGUUGGGGACAGAUACCUCCUCAUCAACUCAGACAUAGUAUGUGAACAGGACAUCUAUGAGUGGACUAAGAUAAAUGGAAUGAUCUAGCAAAGACAUGCCUUGUAGUCUAUAAAAGACAUCUCACGGGCGACACCAAUGCGUAGCUGCAGUGAGGAGAGCAUCACUUGAGCUAUGGACUUUCUCUAAAACAGGGGGAAAAUACCACGGAGUCAGCCCUUUGCAGACAGUGCUACGUAGAAUCUAAACUACAUAUAGGUGAAGAAGGGAAACUGAAGCUAUAGUAGAUAGACUGACUUCUGUUAACCAAGGCGCAUGGACAAUAACUGACAUCAGCCGUGUAGGUGAGAUUUGGGGAACAAACUCAACGCAAUACCGAAUUCUCAUAACUGGAAAAAGAGUAGGGACUUCUGUAAAGAGAUGUUAUGACUUUGUCACCUGCAGACUAGGAUUGUGCAACUGAAUUUCCUUUUCGCCUUUUAGUUGCUGAGUUUAGAUGACAGCUCCUAAUGUAGGCAUGAGGAAGAACACUGAAAGAAAAGGGCCGUCACUCACUUACUUGGUCAUUCCAUAUGGCCUUACACUUCGGGUAGGAGAGAAAGAGGGAAGAGGGUGGGGAUUAUUUUUGCAUGGAUAUUUUU